AUGAGAGAAAAAAAGUUUAGCAACGCGUCACACUGUAGUUGCAAGUUACUAGUAGCGGAAGAUGUAGUUCGUAAGAAGGCGUUACUGGAUCCGGCAGAGGAAGUGUUGCUGCAUUCAGCAGAAGAAAUGUUGCUGGAUCCGACAGAGGAAGUGUUGCUGCAUUCAGCAGAAGAAGCGCUACUAGAUCCGGCAACAGAAGCUGUAACUCUUGAAUGUGGAGUUACAGAGGAAAAAUUACGUCCUGUGCUGGCCGAUUGUGAGAAGCUAACAAAAGUGGCGGCUGAGGAAGUGACAUUAGCCUCCCCUCUGCUUGAAAAGGAAGUAGGCAGAGCAGUUGAGGCUGAGGAACGAGAAUCUCAGGCCGUUCAAGAAGAGCCAAUUCAAGAAAGUCAACAAAAGUGGCUGAUUGUGGAAAGCUAA